UCGUGGCUCCUCUACGAGUCACUUCUUGUACUUCCUCAAACACAUCUUUUUCACCAUAGUUAGGAUGGUUGAGCUACCUUCUGGAAAGUUCUCUCGUGGACUAGUUGGAAACUAAAAAAUUGUUCAGCAGACAUCGACCAACCAGGUAUCUUGGAAUUUGAAAAUGGAUACCAAGAAAAAAAACUUACUGGGUAACCUGCGUAUGAAAACCAAGAUACCAAACCUCAAGAAACCUCGUGGGAAGCCACUUGCCAAGCAAGGAAGGAAUCUGGCUCAUCGCCGCAGCAUUUCUGUACCAGACCUAACUUUAGUUCCAGGUGAUGCAGUUUCUGCGAACAGUGCCUUGCUGCCUAGUCCCUCUGAUGCUUUCUCCUUUGGCAUGUCUUCUGGUAUGAGUGAUACUGAUUCUAUUGCUAGUGGCUCAACCACAGAUGGGUCGCUGUUCAUGGAAAAACUAAAUGAUUCAACUACAGACACGGAAAUGGCACUCCGAGUUCCUCAGAUUACUCCCUCUGCAGCUGCUUUCAAGAGAAUGAGUGCACCACCAGAGACUCUGAACUUUUAUGAGAACGUAUUUAACAUGUCAAAUUCAGGCACAGAAAACAACAUGAACUUUCCUCAAGAAGGCCUCUAUGCACAAGUGGAUAAAAGAGCCAAGAAAAAUGUACGAACACUUAGUACUGAACCUACUCUUGAACGAAGAAAUGCCAUUACCAAUGUGCCAACACAAGACCGUGAGAAGAGACUGAGUCUGUCUGCAGAAGGUGCCACAGCAGACUGGGUGCUUUCAGGAAAUCCUGCUACUGGCCUGAACAGAGUAUAUUCCUUUGGAGAUGAAAAGAACACCUACAAGGAAAAGUUAACCUUAAUGCUUGAGCAGAAAAAGCCUUUGUUAGAAAAAGGAAUUCCACCAGCAAUCACAGAAAAUGCUUCUGCAGAUGGGAUGUCUCUUUUAGAUACUCCUUUGGAGAGUGCAGAUGGUACCUCUGUGGAUUCUGCAGGUGGCACUCCCAGUGAGGAGCAAGUCAACGCACCCUGGUCAACAGAAUGGGAUGAAGAGGAAGAAGCUAGUCCUCCUCUGUUAAUGAGGGAGUUAUCCAUGGACGAAGGUCUGCUAGAGUUUGGCCAGGUUGAUGAAUGUCUCGAGGAUGAGAUGUCCUCUGAGGCAUGUGAUCUCUUCGAUGAAAAUGCCAUAGAUCCUUUUGAAAACACGGAGGUCCUGAACCCUGGCUUGGAUGUCCCAACACCUGCCCUAAUUCAGAGGUACCUCUUGAGCAUCAAUCUAAAGCAGGGAAAGAACCUGGUUAUCAGAGACAAGCGUUCUGGUACAAGUGAUCCAUAUGUCAAGUUCAAACUUGAAGGAAAGCAGUUCUACAAAAGCAAAGUGGUUUAUAAAAAUCUGAAUCCUCACUGGAACGACUCCUUCUCUCAUCCUCUCCGAGACAGGGAGCAUGUUGUGGAUGUUCGGGUUUACAACAAAAACCUGACUGCUGAUGACUUCAUGGGUUCCAGCACUAUUUCUUUGAAAGACCUGGAAUUGCACAAAACCUAUGAAAUGGAGCUGCCUCUUUAUGAUCGAAAAAGCAAAGAGGAUGACAUGGGAGUUAUUCUCGUUGAUGUCUGUUUAAUGUACAGAGAUGCCACCAUCAAAAGAGGCCAUAGAUUUCUUCUAAAAAAGAACAAGGCCACAUCACCUCGCCUGGCGGACACACAAAAGAAUCAGCUGAAGAACAGGACCUGGACCGGGGUACUCCAUAUCACCUUGGUGGAGGGACAGGACCUGCCGCAGUAUGGCCAUGGUGACAUUUACGUUCGCUUUCGCCUUGGUGAUCAGAAAUAUAAGAGCAAGAACCUUUGCGUUCAAGCGAAUCCUCAGUGGAGAGAGCAGUUUGACUUCAAUCAAUUUGAAGAUAACCAGGAACCUCUUCAGGUGGAGGUGUUCUUAAAGAGAGGGAGGAAAGGAGAAGAAUCAUGGGGGAUGUUUGAGAAUGACCUGUCGAGGCUUCCUGUUAAUGAGAGGCAGUUUUACACACAUGCACUGGACCCUGGAAAAGGAAAACUGGUGUUCCUGGUCACCCUGAGACCUUGUUGGGGGGUGUCCAUCUCUGACAUUGAAAAUUCUGCCUUGUCAAAUAAUGAAAAGAGAGACACAGUGAUUAAGAAAUUUAGUUUAAGAAACUCUCACAGGUCUUUACGAGAUGUUGGCUUCCUUCAGGUCAAUGUUAUAAGAGCAAAUGAUCUUCCUGCUACUGACCUCAAUGGAAAAAGCAAUCCCUUGUGUGUUAUUGAGCUCGGGAACUGCAAACUUCAAACUGACACUGCCUACAAGACCCUCAACCCAGAGUGGAACAAAGCCUUUACAUUCCCAAUUAAGGACAUUCAUGAUGUGAUAGAGUUUACGGUUUUUGAUGAAAAUGGAGAGAAAUCAGCAAACUUUCUGGGGAAAGUGACCAUUCCUUUACUGAGUGUUAAGAAUGGCCAGCAGAUAUGUCUGUUCUUGAAGAAAGAAGACCUCGGAAGAGCUUCUAAAGGAACCAUUACAUUGGUGCUGGAGGUUAUCUAUAACAAAGUCAGAGCUGGUAUCAGAACCUUCCAACCAAAGGAGGAAAAAUUAAUUGAGGACAACCCAAAGUUCAACAAAAAGGUUCUUGCCAGGAAUAUAUAUCGGGUUCGAAAAAUCAGCACAGCAGUUCUGUACACGUUACAGUACAUUAAAAGCUGUUUUCAGUGGGAGAGCACGCAACGGAGUCUAAUAGCCUUUCUGAUUUUCCUCGUGACUGUGUGGCACUGGGAGCUCUUCAUGAUGCCUCUCUUCCUCCUUCUGCUUAUUGGCUGGAAUUACGUCCAACUCUCUACAGGAAAGGCAAGCUCCAACCAGGACUUGGUGAACAUGACCAUGGGUGACGAUGAAGAGGAAGACGAGAAGGAAUCGGGAAAAAAGGGCUUGAUGGAUAAAAUACACAUGGUGCAGGAAGUGGUGCUGGUUGUCCAGACUGUCUUGGAGGAAAUUGCAAAUAUCGGCGAGAGAACCAAGAACAUAUUUAACUGGUCUGUACCAUUCCUGUCAGGCUUGGCCUGCCUGGUGCUGUUUGUGGCAGCAACGCUGUUAUAUUUCAUCCCACUGAGAUACAUUGUGCUGCUAUGGGGCGUUAACAAAUUUACGAAGAAGCUGCGCAGCCCAUAUACUAUUGACAGUAAUGAAAUACUGGAUUUCCUCAAGAGGGUGCCAUCUGAUAUUCAAAAGGUGCAGUACAGUUUGCUGAGAGCGCCCACCAGCCAGAACCGGAAGAAGAAGUAAGCACGGCAGGUACUCCAGAUAAAAGACUGGUCUUUCUUUUUUUUUUUUCCCCCCUCUAAUGUGGUACAAUGCAGUCCACCUGACAGCAACACUCCAGUGCCAGCCAAACCCAUGACCCUGCAUACCCCACCACACCACCCUAACUCUGCCCCCUGCUGCUGAGGGGCAGCCAGCCGCUCUCUGGCUUGUGUGUUUGCCACCCCCCUGACAGGGGCUGUGAACUGCAGCAGCGAGCAGGGCAGCACAUGGCGCUGUCAAUCACAAGCUUGGAGGUAAAGAAAAGAGAGCAACGCAGUAGCUCAGCCUUCAUCUUUGGGUGUAAUUUAAAAAGGGAACGGACGAUGCUGGGUUUGGCUUACCCAAGAACCUCACUGUUAUGAUUUUUUUUUUCCUUUGGUGUAACUAAGAAAUUUGGCUCGAGGUAAAGAUAAUGAGUUUAUAAGUGUAUUGAUAUAAUAAAAAGUAAUGUAUUAUUUAAUCAAUGAAAAUUAAUAUAUUUCCUUACACAUUAAAAAUAUUUGAAACUCUAUAUUACUAUGUCUCAUGCUAUAAAUUCUCUGUAUGUAUUAACUCCUGCUGCAAUAUUCUGAAGUAUUUCUUUGACUUUUUAUGUAAGAUUCAUAUAAAAGUUAAGUACCAUAUUUACACCAUCAAAUGGAGAUUUUGCCAGAGUCUUGAAUAAAGAACCUUGAUCAGU